AUGGGACAAAUAAAGGCCCUUUUCGAUGCGAUCGAUCAAGAAUCUAUUACCAAGAAUAUGAUUACGUCACGAAUAACAGCGCUUAAUCGUGUGUGCGAUGAAGCUCGAACUGUCCAUGCUGAUAUCGUCGUGCGCGAAGAUGCUGAGUCGGACCCUUAUGUCGCUUCGAAAAAAUUUACUUUACAACAGAGCAUUUACGAGGGUUACCUCAACAAGUUACUGACAGUCCUCACUGGUUUAGAGGAGGCCGAAAGAUCAAAUCGCCCCCCACGGAACGACCCUAACGUAUCGGUUAACAUCGACCCUCAAUUAGGAAAAUUACCAAAUCUUGCCCUUCCGUCUUUCUCGGGGAAGUACGAAGAUUGGGAAAGUUUUUUGGGCCUGUUUGUAUCUCUCGUUCAUGAGAUCGAUUACAUUUCUGAUGUCAAUAAAUUACAGUAUCUCAAGUCAUGCCUUACUGGAAAUGCUGCGGAUCUCGUGAAGGACGUGACGCUCAAAGGGGACAACUAUUCUCCGAUGCAGCGCAGAGAAUUGUGA